AUGGAUCCCACUGAGCCUCGUUGGCGCAUAAACUCGAGCUUCUCUCCUCCAACGUCAAGGAGAUGGGACUGCCGCUAUUCAUCGGAUGGAUUGCCCCACAGAGUUCAUGAUGCUCCUCAUGAUCACCCACCUUAUGUUUCAUCACUAUCAUCCCAUAGCAAAGGAAGCAGAAGUGCAUUUGGCAGUGAUCAGUACCUCAAUCACCAUCAUUCCGUGUCUGAUGGAGCACUUUCUUACUUUGGGAGUCCAGCUGACAGCCUUCAGGCUCCACGCUGGACACCCUCUCUUCAAAGAUUUGAUCUUGGUGAAUUCUCUACCCCUGCAGGAGGAUCAAGGCCAGAAACUUCUGACUAUCCUCAGUCAAGUGAGAGACCACUGACUGCCACAAGCAGUUUCAGUUCUGCAUCCCCAUUUUCGGAAUCAAGCCAGCUAGCGUCGUCUAGUAAACAACCAGCCCCAUAUCUACCUCGCAACCAUAUGGGCAGGCGGUCUUUCAUGUCUAAACCAGUCUACCCACUUGUCUUCCGGAAUCCUGUGUCAGAAUCAGAAGCGUGCAGGAUGCUUGAGGUUAGUAAUGCCGGGCGAGCGACGCCGAGUGAUGACAGCCGGGCUUCUCCUCUGUGGCGUCGCAGCUUGGCGAGUCCAGAGCUCAAGUUUCAUAAUGCACUGAAUGAACUUGGGAAGAUGGAGGCUUCACCUGAACCGAACACAAGCUCAAGAAGGGAAGGGUUCAGAUGGAGCAAUGCCAGCAGUUAUGAUUUUGGAUACGAUGGAGAUGCCAUUGACAUUUCAGAUCAUAUCAGUAUUGAGUCCCAGAGAUCUCCCACAAGCUCAGUGAGGUUCCUGAAGUGUGGGCUGUGCGAGAGAUACCUGCCCCAGAAAUCACCCUGGACCUCGAACCGGAUUGUUCGAAACGCCGACAUGCCAGUAGCAGCAGUUCUUCCUUGCCGACAUGCCUUCCACGCGGAUUGCUUGGAGGAAAGCACUCCCAAGACAGAAGUCCAUGAUCCACCCUGCCCGCUGUGCACGCGAGCCACUGAAGACGAAGGGCAUGUGUCAUUCUCAGAACCUCUGCAUGUAGCCCUCUGGUCUGCUCGCAGCAGGAACCUUUCGUUGGGCAGUGGUGCUGGUGGGAGUAGCAGCAGCGCAAACCCUCCUUGCAGCGAUCGUGGCUUGAAGAGGAACCAUUCUGCUAUCGUGCCGAGACGCGGCGGCAGCUCAUUGUUCCGCAACCGCUUCAAGAAGCAGUUCCCCUUCAAAGCGAGGAUCGGGAAGGAGCUCUUUGGCGGCAGGGUUUUCAGCAAGGUUGGAUCGUCUUCGUCUUCAGGUCAGCGGGAUGACCAUCGACAGCAAGAGCCAAAGCGUGACCAACCCAUGAAGUAG